CAGUGUAGACACAGCAUAGUGUGUUGCUCAGUUUGAGUUGUAACUCCUUAGCGCAGAAGUCCAUAUUGCUCCUGCAGACUGUUUCAAAAUGUUGGUUUUCUAGUUUUGAUUUCUUGGACAUCACUAAGAAAUUGUGACCCACAUCAAGAUCCUGAACAUUCUCCUUUCUAAAGUUAUGGUGUGUUUGGAUCUAGCUAAGCCUGCUUUAAAAAUAGUGGCCAGCUUUGCAGUUUGGCUCUCAAACAGGCUUCUGAGUCCUUGCAAAGUUUUGGGAUUUGGGAAUGAGAGGAUUUUAUUCUAUUAGGAACGUUCCAGAGAGUUUUACAUAGGGCACGAGAGGGAAAGAAGAAAAAAAACCUUUUUUUUGCUCUGUAUCUCAAAGAAAGCUAAGGAUAGUGUACGAUUGAUGCAAGACAGGAUCAGAAUGAAUUUAGGACAAACACAGGUUGUGUACUGGACCUGCUAUAAUUGUUCCAACGCAUAAGUGCUUUGGGGCACAACUGACACCUUAUGGUCCGAAAAGACCACAGUCAAGGCAAAGGAAAACAUACUUGGACAAAUUCUACACUCCUUAGUCUUCAGAAAACCCCAUUGAAGUGAAUGGGAGUUUUGCUUGUGCUCACUGCAGGAUUUCAGCUCAUUGUUAGUAAAAAGUAACACAGUGAAUACACAGUUUUAAAAGUCCUCCUGGACAUGCAGCAAGCCCACUUAUUUUAAUUGUGUGAAGUUGUCCAAGGUUGCUUUGCUCUCCAGAGCCUGGCACUAGUUCCAGUGAAAUGUGAUGCCAUUGGUUUUCAGUAAAGGUUUCUUUCUGCAGGGCUGCAAACAGAGAUCAGCUGCUACUGUGUAUACACAACUAGGGAGCAAAUCAACCAGCAUAUUUAAGCAGCCUUUUAAACCCCGAGACUUUCCAAGAUUUCUUCUUCUCACAGGAAGUUUCCUUUCUAUUGUCAGAUUUAGCACUUUGCUCAUGUAAUCAGAUCACAGCUAGGAUCAUUGCUGCACAGUAGAAAGACUUCCUUAAGACAUUUGUCCUUGAAACUGCACCAAACUCUUGGAAGAACCCAGAACCUGAUUUGCUGACAUUUUGGCUGUUUGAUUGCCCGAGGAGACUUUGUGUGUCCCAGAGGAAGUGAGCGAUCUGGCCAUAACAAAACCCAACAAAAUAUUUAAACACCGUUCCGAUCUUUUCUAAUGCAAUGCAUUGUGACUAGAAAAGGAUGGCUUCUCUGCAGAAUGUCAAGCAAAGAUCGACACAUUGAUUCCAGCUGUUCGUCAUAUAUCAAGACGGAACCAUCAAGCCCCGCCUCUUUGACGGACAGCAUUAACCAUCACAGCCCUGGUGGCUCUUCGGACGCCAGCGGGAGCUACAGUUCAACCAUGAAUGGACAUCAGAAUGGGCUGGACUCACCACCCCUCUAUCCUUCCGCUGCAGGGCUGGGGGGCAAUGGGCCUGUCAGGAAACGGUAUGAUGACUGCUCCAGCACCAUUGCUGAAGAUUCCCAGACCAAGUGUGAAUAUAUGCUGAACUCAAUGCCCAAAAGACUGUGUUUGGUGUGUGGUGACAUUGCAUCAGGGUACCACUAUGGGGUGGCCUCUUGCGAGGCCUGCAAAGCUUUCUUCAAGAGGACAAUUCAAGGUAACAUAGAAUACAGCUGUCCAGCCACAAAUGAAUGUGAAAUUACAAAGCGCAGACGCAAGUCCUGCCAAGCCUGCCGCUUCAUGAAGUGUCUAAAAGUUGGCAUGCUGAAGGAAGGGGUCCGCCUAGACAGAGUACGUGGUGGUCGUCAGAAGUACAAGCGCAGAAUAGAUGCAGAGAAUAGCCCAUACCUGAACCCUCAGCUGGUUCAGCCAGCCAAAAAGCCAUAUAACAAGAUUGUCUCCCAUUUGCUCGUUGCUGAACCAGAGAAGAUCUAUGCCAUGCCCGACCCUACUGUUCCAGAUAGUGACAUCAAAGCGCUCACCACACUAUGUGACCUGGCAGACAGAGAAUUGGUGGUCAUCAUUGGAUGGGCUAAACAUAUUCCAGGAUUCUCCACUUUGUCUCUGGCUGACCAGAUGAGCCUUUUACAGAGUGCUUGGAUGGAGAUUCUGAUUCUGGGCGUAGUUUACCGGUCACUUUCUUUUGAGGAUGAGCUUGUCUAUGCUGAAGAUUACAUUAUGGAUGAAGACCAGUCUAAAUUAGCAGGCCUUCUUGACCUCAACAAUGCCAUCCUGCAGCUGGUAAAGAAAUACAAGAGCAUGAAGUUGGAGAAAGAAGAGUUUGUCACCCUCAAAGCCAUAGCGCUUGCUAAUUCAGACUCAAUGCACAUAGAAGAUGUUGAAGCAGUGCAGAAACUUCAGGAUGUCUUACAUGAGGCUCUACAGGAUUACGAGGCCGGGCAGCAUAUGGAAGAUCCACGCCGAGCUGGCAAGAUGCUGAUGACUCUCCCACUUCUGAGGCAAACUUCCACUAAGGCCGUGCAGCAUUUCUACAACAUCAAACUUGAAGGCAAAGUCCCCAUGCACAAACUUUUUUUGGAAAUGCUGGAGGCCAAGGUCUGACUAAAGCAUAAUGGGCCUUCCCAUCAUGCUCAUUGAAAAAAGGGAAAAUACACAGGAUAAUAAUGGCAACGAAACUUAGUGUUUAAUUAAGGGAAAAAAUGACUGCACUGAUAUUUAGCAGCAAGACUGUGAAGCAGCUUUCAACUCUUUCUUCUGUGUCUAUCUGAUGCAGGUUUUUUUUUCUUUCCUGUUUUCCUUUUCUGUUCUUUUAUUUCUUCCUCUUCCUCUCUCACCCCUCCUCCCCCACCCUUUGCUGCUGAACUUUUUAAAAGAGGUCUCUAAUUGAAGAGAGAUGGAAGCCAGGCCUGCCAAAGGAUGGAAAUCCAUAAUAUGGAUGCCAGUGAACUUAUUAUGAACCAUAAUGUCCCCAGUGACAAAGGAAUCAAAGAAAGAACCAUCAUACCUUGCAGUACAGUACAACACGAUGAACUGACUGAAUGCAGUAUUAGAUUUCAUAGGAGCAGUCUCUAAUUAGACAACUAAGCAACGAUGCAUCGGCUGCUUCUUAUCAUUGCAUUUUCCAUCUAGAUCAGUUACAGCCAUUUGAUUCCUUAAUUGUUUUUUCAAGUCUUCCAGAUAUUUCUUAGGUUAGCUACAAUGUAACUUUUUCAGGGAAUAGUUUAAGCUUUAUUCAUUCAUGCAAUACUAAAGAGAGAAAAAAAUACUGCAUUUUUGUGCUGGCUUGAACAAUGAUGAACAAUAAUGAAGGACAAAUGAAUCCUGAAGGAAGAUUUUUUUAAAUGUUUUGUUUCUUCUUACUAAUGGAGAUUUUUUUGUACCAGCUUUACCACUUUUCAGCCAUUUAUUAAUGUGGGAAUUUAUCUUACUAAAGCAAUAGUUGAAGGGAAGGUGCAUAUUAUCACGGAUGCAAUUUAUGUUGUGUGCCAGUCUGGUCCAAAACAUCCAGUUUCUUAACAUGAGCUCCAGUUUCUAACUAAAUGUUCACUGACACAAAGAAUUAGAUUACACCUACCGCAUAUCUGAGUAGUCUAAUAUCAAGUAUAAAUCUAUGGUAAGAGAGUGUGACUGUACAAAUGUACAGUUGCUACAUGAUUUCUAAAUGAUUCAGUUGUAAAUGAAUGAGAUACUGCCUGUUACUUGCAAAGUUAUAAUCACACAAAGACCUGUGUACCAAUACUAGCAUAGAGGCAAUAAGACAAAUGCCAAUGUUUGCAAAAUUAAGAAAUCAGAAUAGUAGACUUCUGACCAAAUUCAACAAUUUAACACGUCCACACUUUAGUUAUUAACUUAGACUUUAUUUUGGAAAUUGCAAUUUUUAACAAGUAGCUAAAUCAAUAUAUGUGCUUUUCAACCAGUAUUGUCACAGCAUGAAAGUCAGUCAGUUUCAAGACUGUUAGAGGUGUAAUCUAAUGUAUAAGCCAAUUAGAUGCCCCCAGAAAACUACAGUCGCUAAAUAACCAAUAAACAAUAACCUCCAUCAAAUGCUAUACCAAUGUACCAGUGUUAGUAGCUGCUCCCUGUACUAUGUGAACAUCCUUAUUCUAUGUACACAGAUGUAAUUAAAAUUGUAAUCCUAACAAACAAAAGAAAUGUAGUUCAGCUUUUCAGUGUUUCAUGUUUGCUGUGCUUUUCCAAAUUUUUAUGUUGCAUUCAAAGACUGUUGUCUUGUUCUUCUUGUGGUGUUUGGAUUCUUGUGGUGUGUGCUUAUAGACACAGGGUAGAAUUAGAGACAAUAUUGGAUGUACAAUUCCUCAGGAGAUUACAGUAGUAUAUUCUAUUCCUUACUGGUAAUAAGGUUCUUCCUAGUAAUAAUUAAGAGAUCGAAACUCCAAAACAAGUACUCAUUACUGACAGAUACACAUUGAAAUAAUAAUAUUUUCAAAACAAGGGAUAAUUUCUGUAACAGUUUAUUAUAGAAUACCAAUGUAUAGCUUAGAAAUAAAACUUUGAAUAUUUCAAGAUUCUAGAUAAGUCUAAUUUUUAAAUGCUGUAAAUAUAGCUUUUAUUCAAUCAUCUCUCAGAUGUUGUUAUUAACUCGCUCUGUGUUGUUGCAAAACUUUUUUGGUGCGGACAAGUUUCCAAAACUAUUGCUACUUUGUGUGCUUUAAACAAAAUACAAUAGGCUGAUGGUGCAUCAGCCUUGUGCUAGAAAAUACUGUGUAUCUAUCAUUAGCUCUAUGGGACUAUAUUGUAGAUUGUGUUUUCUCAGUAGAGAAGUGACUGUAGUGUGAUUCUAGAUAAAUCAUCAUUAGCAAUUCAUUCAGAUGGUCAAUAACUUGAAAUUUAUAGCUGUGAUAGGAGUUCAGAAAUUGGCACAUCCCUUUUAAAAAUGACAAAAAAAUACAACUCCUGGGAAAAAAAAGGUGCUGAUUCUAUAAGAUUAUUUAUAUAUGUAAGAGUGCAAAAAAUGUUUAUUUUCCAGAUAGUUUGUGCAGGGUUUAAGUUACUACUGUUCAAUUACAGUAUAUAUAUAUAUAUAUAUAAAUAUAAAUAUAUAAUAUAAAUAUUGUUUUGCUGUAUCACAUUAAAGAACUUGGGCUUCAGGGUCAAAAGCCAAUAAACUAAAAAUACAAAAAACACAGAAAAAUGGAGAUGUGUUAAAGGCACAAGGUGCAAACAUUAGUUUUCAUUUUUAGUAAUUUGUAGAGCUGCAAAAGAACAAGUAUCUCAAGACUUUAAAAACUUUUCAAUGAAAUAAGGCUAAAAGAACUGCACAGUCUUUAUAAUAAUGUUAAUCCUAAACCUAGCUGGAGGAGAGUUCUUUCAAGACCACUUAUUUAAUGUGAAGUGUUGGGAAAAUUUCAAAAGGUGUCUGUUUUAGCCAUUAUGAUUUAAUUUCUAUUUUUUGCUUCAUUUUUUAUUUUUUCUUAUUUAAAGCAAUAUGAUUGUGUGACUCCCAGAAGUUACACAUUUGUUUCAAUCAGAUCAGAUUGUUGUAUUUAUUCCACUAUUUUGCAUUUAAAUGAUAACAUAAAAAAGAUAUAAAAAAUUAAAACUGCUAUUUUUCUUAUAGAAGAGAAAAUGGGUGUUGGUGAUUGUAUUUUAAUUAUUUAAGCGUCUCUGUUUACCUGCCUAGGAAAACAUUUUAUGGCAGUCUUAUCGUGCAAAGAUUGCAAAAGAACAAAAAAAAAUUAAACUGCUUAUAAUAAAUAAAAAUCCAGGAGUUGCAUAAUAGCCAGUAGUAAAAUAACCAUGUCUAUAGCUGUAGAUGGGCUUCACAUCUGUAAAGCAAUCAACUGUAUAUUUUUGUGAUGUGUAUCAUACCGUGUGCUCCAACCAAUGUCCAUUUGUGUAAAUGUAUUUAUUUUAUAUUGUAUAUAUUGUUAAAUGCAAAAAGGAGAUAUGAUUCUGUAACUCCAAUCAGUUCAGAUGUGUAACUGAAAUUAUUAUGCCUUUCAGGAUGAUGGUAGAGCAAUAUUAAACAAGCUUCCACUUUU